CCGCCAUAGCGGGGCCGGGCCGGGCGGGGUUUCGUGUUUCCGCGGUAGCACUGCGGAAGCGCCAGUGAAAUCCGCCGCCGGCCCAUUCUGGAAGCCCGUGCCUCUCUUGGUGUCGGCUGUGCUGUAGGCCUGAGCCCCAUGGAUCCCUUUCUGGCUCUGCUGAAUUCUUUGUCCGCCUGUCUGUCUGACAGCGAGCUGCGCGACCUGAAGUUUCUGUGCCAGGACAAAAUUGGGAAAAGGAAGCUGGAGUCUGUCCAGAGCUUCAGGGAGCUCUGCAACUUCCUCAUGGAGCAGCAGCUGAUUUCAAGGCACAAUGUAGACUUGCUUAAAAGCAUGUUUAAGAGCAUUAAAAGAGAAGACUUGAUCUUACGGCUGGAGCAUUUCAUAGAGGAGGAAGAAGCCAGCGCUCCUGAUGAGUGGCCUGACAUGAAGGAAAGACGUUUGCAGAAGGUAGUUAUCGAAGUUAUAUGCGAAAACGUUGGGAGAGACUGGAAAAAGCUGAUGCGAAAACUUGACCUUUCUGAAGUGAAAAUAGAGAGAAUAGAAGUAGCCAAACCACGUGAUUUGCAGGAGCAAUUGGCUCAGUCACUUCGAGAGUGGCAGAAAUUUAAGGGCAAAGAUGCAAAGGUGACUGACCUAAUAAAGGCUCUUCGAGACUGUAAUAUGAAUUUAGUGGCAGACAUAGCUGAACAGAAGCUCUCACGUCUGAACACAGAAAACAUGUGAAAUGAAGAGAAGAACACUUUCACAUCACAGAUGCAAAUGAAGAAAGAAGCAAAAGUGCCUUUUGAUCAUCUGAACCCAAAUCACUGUCAUUGGCUCUGUUAAUUCUGCCAUUAAUUUGUGUGACUUAAAAUUAAUAGAUUAGUUAUAACCUGAUCUGAAAUUAAUGUGAAAACAAAUCCUUCCUUUCAGGCAAUGCUUUGCAGUUGGUGCUUCCUUUAAGACAUUUUAAAUUUUAGAAUACAAAUACUCCACUUUUCAGAAGUUCUGAGACUUUAGUUUUGCCUCCCACCUGAAAAUAAGGUAUGCUUUAUUGCAGAUUCCUCACAAGUGCCUUGUCUGUAAUUACAUCCAUGGGACACUUCUGAGGGAACUGAAAAUUUCAUUAGGAGGUUGAAAUAUUCAUAUAUAUACAUACACUUUUUAAGUGAUCUGUUUGUAACUAGUGUGAAAGGGGGAAGGAGACUGAGCUCUUAGCUAUGUAGUGAGUCUUCUCUUUGUUUUGAGUAGCAUAAGGUAAUAUCUUCCAUAAUUUUUGAACACCUUUGCUAUCAGUAAAAGAAUACAAAGAAAACUGCAACCUCAGUCUGUAAGGCAUCAGUGCAAUAGGACUCACAACUACUGUAGUGUUUUUUUUAGCAAAAAAUGUGCCUGGAUUGAGAAACAAGCUUGUUGAAAUUAAUUAUCAAGUGCCCUUAUACACAGAAUCACAGAAUAGUUUAGGUUGGAGGGUGCCUCUGGAGGUUAUAUGGUCCAACUGUGCUGCUGAAGCACAAGUACAUAGGGCAGGCUGCCCAAUACCAUGCCCAGGCAACAUUCCAGAGAAAAGAUACCACGACUUCUCUGGACAUCCUGUGCCAAUGCUCUGUCGCCUGCACAGUACAGAAGUGAUUCCAGAUUCUCAGGUGGAAAACAUCAUCCUGAGAGUGAUGUUCUCCUGGAACUGUCAAAGAAAUGGUUACCUUACGGAUGUAAGGCAGACUUUUUUCAUUGCAUUGAAUUUUUAAAGAUUUUUCUAAAGCUAGUAAUCUCAUAAUCCAUAUCAGGGAGUCUGGUCAUGUCUGCUGGAUGCUGCAGCUCACCUCAUCAGUCAGCUAUAGUUAUCUGUGGUCUUGGUUUAAA